AUGGUGAAUCUUACAGGGUCAUCCCUGCCCGCAACACCGCAGAGAAAAGAUGGUAAACUUUUGCGCCAACAGAUCGAGAGCCUUAACCAUGAAUUCGACCUGCGCAUUCCGAACCCGGAAUUGUUCUCCCCAGGCUCGCAAUCGACGGCCGAGAGACCAAAAGAAGAGGAGUGUCGGGCCUGGCUGCACACAUUGUUUUGGAGAGAUUCUAAAGCAUUCGAGCGUGGCCUGGACAGCUUCAGAGAAGAAAUUCGCGCCGAAAUCAAAGCAACCAGAGAGAAAAACUGGAUACAUAAACCAAGGCAAGAUUCUGGAACCAUACCAUCUCGAGACCAAUAUCUGCAAACGGACAAUUAUCGAAGAAUAUCAGCCGAUGAAUGGCAGCACAGACUCCAUGUUCUUUGGAAUAUACUUAGAUCAGAAGUAUGGCUUCUAAAGGGGGGAGUGAACCCUUCGCAUAGUUCACAGGCGCUCGGCCGUCCUCGAAAUCUCGCCAACGGCGGUCCGAGGGCUAGUGAUAAUGGCAGAGAAUCGCCCGCAAUCACCACCACGCCCCAAGCCAAGAGAAAAUCUGAUUUUGAAGAACAGGUAUUUUACACGGCUCCUAAUUCCCCUACUCUGUCUCCUGAAGACAGGUAUCCGUCUUUGGGAGACCUAGACGAAUACAAUGGCCCUAACGGGGCCAAUUUUUUCUUUGAAGAAACUACCAUGGAAGCGACUGACGAUUUGAAUCUGGGUGAUCAGACAUCUAGGAAGUCAAGAAAAAGACAAUCCAAGAUUACCGAUCAUAUGUUGGUUUCCAAGUCGGACCGUUCCUCAGAGAACAAAUCCUUUCAGAACCCCCAACCCAACCAAAACGCCAAUACCGCUACCCCUGGUACUAGCUUCGCGACAACAAUAGGCUCAGUCUUCGACCCCCCCGAUCGCGGUAUUGAGACCUCCUUUGGAACCGAUAUUACCGAGCCGUUGGAUGAUGUACUUACGCAAGCCGAUUCCAUAGAGGCAGCGAUGCGGAGUGAUGACGCUUCUAUGCUACUCAGAUCCAUCGAAGGAGAGAGAUCAAUAUCUUUGGGGGCACACCAGGAUUAUGUCGCUGCAGAACAAGACCUUCUCGAUACGCUUAUCCGAAACGGCCCAUUUUCAAAUAGGAUGUCUUUCCUAGACAAGGUCCCUUUAAGGGCGAAAUACGAACUGGAACGAGUUAGACUAGAAUGGGGUGUCGAUCAUAAGCUUAUUCUCGCAGGAGAGAAGCCCCACGAAAAACAUGCUGAUUUGUGGAGUUGGUUGAGAAAUCUAAGUGUACGAGUUGGGAAGAGUCUUCCUGAAAAGUCCUCCCUGAAAGUUUGGGAUGCUGCAAUUGGUCGAUUUCAGGGGGACAGGCAUUCUGAAGUGGUGGUACUGACCGGUGCCCUUGACUGGUGUGAUGAGACUGAGUCUGGCAUUUUCAAACUCAGACUAAACCCGCUGAAGCUGGACCGAACUUGCCGCUUCUAUCGCCGUUUUGGGUCCGACAGGUUCCUAAGCAUCACAAUUCCUGCUUCAUCGCAGGCCCCAAGGUAUAUACGAGAUAGCAACGUGUCCCUCCGCGAGGUGACUGCGAAAUGGCUCAGCAGCUAUGACCAAUUUUUGCUUGGAAGAGUGUGGAGGGCUUUUUAUAUUGAAGAAUAUAAGAACAAAAGCAAGACGAAAACUGGCGAGCCAAGAUUUCGUGUUGACUUAUUCGCCGUUGAUGGUGUGGAUUUCUUUAAGAAGUUGCACGCCCCGGUACUCUCUCCGCCCGGCCAAAGCUGUGACGUGCACACACGAAUGACAGUGGAACAACUACUUGAAUGGCACAUUCCUCGUCGAGAAAACAGUCAUCAGACUGACUGUAAGGUAUUCAACCGGAUUCAUCUGGGACUUUCGAAGACGUGGGCGACAAAGACUCUUCGUCCGGACCAAACCCGAAAGCUUCCCGAUAUUGAGGGAAAACCUGUAAUGAAUGACGGCUGCGCUUUGAUGUCUCGCCCGCUUGCUCGGGCAAUAUGCGAAGAUCUUGGAAUAGACGGAAACACGCCAAGCUGCUUUCAAGGUCGUAUUGCCGGUGCCAAGGGGUUAUGGAUGGUUGACAAGGAACGCGCGGAGGACGAUUUUUGGAUCGAAAUCUCCGAUUCCCAGUUGAAGGUCAAGCCUCACCCGAGCGACUUUUACGGGUUUGUGGAUGAACAAAAGAUGGUAUUUGAAGUCGCAGGUUGGUCUAAACCUCUACGACCAUCUGAGCUCAAUGCACAGAUGCUUGAGAUUUUAGCCAACCGUGGGCAGCCAAAGGAGCGUGUUGCAGAACUUGCCAGGACAGCUAUCACUGACCUGUAUAUGGAGUUCAAAACAGUGAUAGAAAAAGACAGUAUUCCAUUGGCGAGAGCUCUCAUGCAGAAAAUUCGUCCGAUGCCUGAGGAUGGGUCUUCACGCAACAACAUUAGAAGAAUUGACCAAUGGAUUAUUAAAGAUACUGAGGCUGUCAUCCGACUCCUGGAAGCCGGGUUUUCACCUCGAAACUUUGUACCUCUGCGGGACCGCCUCUGGCGGUGCUUAGUGGACACAUUGAAUCGUUAUGUGAAUGACUGCCAUGUGCCUGUCCCAUUAUCUACGUAUGCAUACUGCAUUGCCGAUCCAUAUGGUGUCUUGGAGGAGGACGAAGUCCACUUUGGAUUCUCUAGUCAAUGGAAGGAUUGUCCUGAGUUUGAAGAUGCAAUAGUGGAUGGUGUUGAUAUUCUAGUUGGGCGGACUCCAGCACAUUGUCCUUGGGACAUACAAAGGCGAAAAGCAGUUUGGAAACAAGACCUCCGACACUUCAAAGAUGUUAUUGUAUUUUCUACCAAAGGAGAUACCGCCCUUGCAAGUUUGCUGUCAGGUGGUGAUUAUGACGGAGACCGCCCUUGGAUUUGCUGGGAUCCAAAACUGGUGGACAGUUUCAAUAACGCAUUUCCUCCUCCAGAUCAUGUCCCGGACGCUGAGCAUUUUGGUCUCAUAACGCAUGCUCGCCCAAUGGGUAGUGUGGAGUCAACGGAGGACUUUCUAGAGGGUGUUUUCAAGUUUAAUCUCGCCAUGUCAAAUCUUGGGCGCUGUACUGUGGAACACGGCAAGAUUGCGUAUGACGAACCUGAUGGUAUUGGCUCACCCGUGGCACUCGAGCUGGCUGCUCUUCUCAGUCAUCUUGUGGAUAGCCGGAAGUCAGGAGUUCAGCUCACAGAUGACGGAUGGAAGCAAUAUCUGAAAAAAAUCAGCCCUCGCGCAAGAAGGGUGCCAGCCUAUAAGGAUGUGGACGCUAAGCAAGGAAAAAAUGGAAACAUCAACGACUUCUUAAAGUUCAAAGUCGCAGUUGCGGAAAAAGAUACGGCCCUGAAAAAGUUCCAUGAGCUUUGCAAAUCUGCAGGAGAAGAGAUGCGCGAUGCGGAUCUUGUUCGACCCUGGCAAGCAGUAUGGACAAGGGCUGUCCGUGAAAAUGAUGAGGAAUCGCCGUUGUUACUCACAACUUUGAACAUUAUAAAGGAGCAGAUUGGCCAAGCGCGCGACAAGUGGUCAAAUAGCUGCAAUUCCACUUCCGAUAUACCGUUGUCAGUCAAGGUUGAAUUUGCUGCCGAGCACCUUAACCGAAUUGAAAGACCAGAUACACCACAUCCAUUGGGCCAUACAUGGCAAAACAGCGAAUACGAAUGGCAGACCAUAUUAGCAUCCGGGGCAUACUACUUCUAUUGGCGCUCUGCAUUCCCACUGUACGCCGCUGGAGAGACUCUGUGUUGGAUAAAAACCGGCAAGGAACCGGCACGUCUUAUUCGUGACUACAUCUAUGUAAGCAUGAAGGUAAAUUCAAAAGUCGCCCGGCGAUUAGCAGAUGAGGAGGUCGAUGAUACACCAAAUGACGAUUCCGAGUACAGUGAUGACUCGGAUGGAUAUGACGGGGAGUCUGUAUUUGACGCUGUCCUUUCUGCAUGA